AUGAGUUUAAGACAUGCCAUGACUCCUUGGAGGAUUUUAAGAUUUCAGUCUUUAAAUUCGUUCCAUUUACAAAACAUCAGACGUGUUAAUAGUAAAAGCAUCUUCCUUAACAGUAAUACCAAUAUUAAAACUACUAGCAAUAAUACUAAAAGAUAUCCAAAAAGUAUAAAAGUGAACCCAUCCAAACAUUUGCGAAGAAAUGUUGGUAAAAAAUCUGGGAGUCAUGAUGACCAAGAAACGGCUAAUGUGUUGUCGACAUAUAAAGUUAAAACUUGUUCAGUCAUAACCACGGCUGAGAAGUAUAACUUAGAGAAAGGUAUAGCAUUAUUGAGAGACCGUGGGAUAAUUCCUGUUACAUUGAUCCCUGAUGAGAUUAUCACAUUCAAAUAUAUUCAUGAAGGAGAAAAAACCGACAUUAUGGUUCUUGCUGAUAACGGUUCUGUCAUAAGUUGGGGUUUGAACGAGAAAGAGUUAUUGGAUAAUUUUAUACCAAUAUUGAGUGAGGCUCGUAUUAAUCCUUUAGAUGAAUCCAAAUAUGAGACAGAAGAUAUUGAUUUCAUUGAAAUUGAGAACUCAAAAGCCUUAAGUAAAAAUAUGGAAAGUCAUUUACAUAACGGUAGUUACAUCAUGGAUGAUUUGCUAAUUGUUAAUUCAAUUGAUCCUGAAUUAGGGUUAUUAGAUAAAGCUGCAUUCUCAAGUGGUAUAGCAAGAAGUACAUCGUUAGCCGUUCUUGAAGCAGCUUUGGAAGAACAUACUCAAAAAUCUAGAAUAAUAACAGAAAAAUUCUCAAGAGGCAUACAAAUUAACUUGAAGGAAAAGCACUUUUUGACAUCUAUUGGGAAAUUAUUUCUAAUUCGUGGGCGAUUGAACUUAUAUUCUAAUAUAAUCGAAACUCCAGAUUUGUACUGGAGUGAACCUAGAUUGGAGAAAAUAUAUAAAAAUGUCUCUCAUUUUCUGGAUAUUGCACCACGUAUUAAUAUUCUUAAUAGUAAACUAGACUAUUGCACAGAUCAUUCGAGAAUGCUUUUGUCAGUUUUAAAUGAAAAGAAAGGAACAUUCUUAGAGUGGAUUAUCAUAUAUUUAAUUACAGUUGAGGUUUGUUUUGAACUUCAUCACUAUUGGGUCAGUUUCCAAAAUUCAAAAGAAGAAAAGACUAUUUAA